AUGGAUGGGUUUAGUGGCUACAAUCAGAUCAAGAUGUCUCCCAAGGAUGCUGAAAAGACAGCCUUUCGAACACCGUAUGGGAAUUUUUAUUAUACGGUCAUGCCAUUCGGCCUCAAAAAUGCUGGCGCCACCUACCAAAGAGCUAUGACAGCGGUGUUUCACGACAUGAUGGGAAAAGAAGUUGAAGAUUAUGUGGAUGACCUUGUGGUGAAGUCCAAAACCAGAGAAGGCCAUCAAGAAGUUUUAAGGAGAGUGCUGGAAAGGUGUCGGCUGUACAGUUUGAAGAUGAAUCCAAAGAAGUGUGCGUUCGGGGUUUCAUCCGGUAAAUUCUUGGGGUUUCAAGUACACCAGCGUGGCAUAGAUGUGGAUCCAGAAAAGACUAAAGCCAUAAAUUCUCUUGCACCGCCUAAAAGCCCAAAAGAAUUGAAAAGCUUUAUGGGAAGAUUAUCGUAUAUUCGGCGCUUUAUCCCAGGUCUUGCUGCCACCAUGAGUGCUUUUACUCCAUUGCUCAAGAAAGGCAAGAGGUAUGAAUGGAGUGAGAAGUGCCAAGAAGCUUACAAGAAAGGUGCAACAAAUAAUCGCCAAGCUGCCCACUAUGAAAGCACCUAUUCCGGGGCUCCUCUCAAGCUUUAUUUGGCUGCAACAAACACAGCGGUUGGGGGCCUUACUUGCUCAAGAUGA